UGCCAGACGCUGCUUAGGAUGUUACCAUGGUUAUUUGUCACUUAUUAAGCACUUACCGGGAUAUGUGCUUUAUAAAGAUUCUCUCUCUUGAUCUUGAUGAUGACCCUGGGAAAUAGGUCCCGUCUUUAUUUUUAUUUUUCCAUUUUACAGGUGAGGAAACUGAGACUGAGUACCUUGCCCAGGGUCCCAAAGAGAGUAGGUGUUCCAAAUCGGAUUUUAAUUCCUGGUCCUGACUCCAGGUCUGGCCUUCUAGCUACCCAGAUCCCUGUGUGGCGUGUCUGCAGCAGGUAGGGUCAAAUCAUGCCGUGGAAUGAGAACAUUUUCUGAAAUGAAAGGCUUUAAUAACUUCCAGUUAGAUGACAUUUCUCUUUUCUCCCUUUACCUAGUUUACUUUUAACAUUCCAGCCCCGAGAAUCAGGGUUAAUGGUGACAACUUUAGUUAAAUCGGUGAGCAUUUAUUAUGCGCCUACUAUUCACCUGGUAGUUCUUCCCUCUGGGCAUACAAAGAAAGGUCAAAAGCUUCUGCCCUCAAGGAAUUGGCCAGCUGAAGGAGAUUUCCUUGGGAUCCUGGGAUAAACAACCUGUGCCCAUGCAAGAUAAUGGGGAUGGAAUUUCAGAGGGAAGGUCCUGAGUGUGGGGGAGGAAGUGGGGCUGGAAAAGCUUCUAGGAAGUGGGUGUCGAUGGAAGAAGUCAGGAAGCAAAGGUGAGGAGGGGAAGAGUAAUGCACACAGGGGAGACAGUAAAAAAAGAAAAAAAGUCCCCGGGUUGUUACUUUUGUGUGGAAAGGAGACAAAGAGGAAAAAAUCCGGGAAGCUAGGAAGGGGCCCGGGGUGAGACGGUUUUCCUCGAUUCAAGAAUUGUGACUUAGCGACUAGCGGACUCUGAAAACUGGCCGUCCGAGCCCCUUCGGUUCUGCUUGGGGGGACACGGAUUUCGAAGCGGAACGGCCUUUGGCGAUCAUCUGUUGUCCCCAAGCCUUCUCUGAGAAGCCGCGGGAAAAUGACCCCUCCCUGCUAGUAACUGGCAGUCGGGAUUCGAACCCAGGGCUCCGGGCUCCCGACUGCCGAGCCAGAAGCUCGCGGCAAACCCCGUGCGCCCGUGCUUGGGCUCCCUUUCCGCCUCUCCCUCACCCAGUGCUUCGAGCAUAUUCCUUAGAGGCAGGAAGGUGCCAUUUCAAAGGACACUGUGUGCGCUAUAAAACCAUGCGAGCGGUUGGGAAGCGUCGCCCGGGCUCUCACCGGAGGUCCCAAGGAGCGAGAUCUCGAGGCUCGAGAGCAGCCCCAGUGUCAGGUGUCCGCCCGGGAGGGGGCUGGGCUGGCCAGGCGCCACCCCCGCCUGGGCAAGGUGGUUGGGCUCUGUAGGCGAGAGAGAGAGAAAGAGAGAGAGAGAGGGCUGCGGUGGGGGUCGGUCGGCCACUUGGUUGCGCCCCUACUCCCCCCUCCCUCAGAGCAGCUGCGUCUUUGCAGAACUGGGCGGAGCCGCCUCGCAACCACCAGUGGCUGCGCUGGAUGUUGGAGCUCUUGCAGGAAUUCAUCAGCCGCUGGAUGCUAGGUUCAGCACUGAGCUCCUCAGCAGUCAGUCGCAUCUUGGGCUGCGCGCUGGCUAGUGGCCCCCGGACCGGAAUCCAUCUGCCGGCACCUGUAAGUCUCCAGCAGCCCCGGGCGUUCGCUCAGCUGUUCCACCGCGGUCUUCUUUGGCUGUAAGUACAGACCCACGAGCCAUGGAGAAACUCCUCCAGAUGGUGGAAGGCAUGCAUCUAGAGGAGAUGUCUUCCCAGCGGCUCCAGCCCGAGCCCUCCCGAGCCCAGAAGCGUCCCCUCUCUCCGCAGGCGGGCCUGAGCGCCUCCAAAAGGAAAGUGGUCCCUAGGUCGGAGAAGCAGCCCGAGACGGGGUCAGGUAGUGAGGAGAGUAAGAAAGAGGAGGAAAAGAAAGAUAAUGCGGGCGUCGGAGUGGAGCGGGGAGCCUCGCCAGCCCAGUCUAUCCGAUGGCCGGUAGAGAGCAAAAAUAAAUUUGUGCACAUCAGUUUGGGGGACCAAGAGGAGAGGGCUGAGAGUUCCCAGACGGGAUUAGCUGUAACCGAGCCCAAGCUCGCGGCGCCCGAGAUGUUAGCAGAUCCCGGGGCUAGCGCUGCAAGUACCUCGUCUACUCCGGGGGCUGAGCGCGAAUGCGUUUCGACAGAGAGCAUGCGUAAAGUUACCGAUGUAGUUGCGGAGAGCGGGGAUGCGGACACGGAUCGCGCGUCGCCCGAGCGAUCCGACAAAGGGCCCGCUUCUGUAGAGGGUGAGCCGGUGGCGACUGAAGUGGUAGGAGAGAGUGUGGAAACCGAUGCCGGGGCCGUUGCCACCGAAAGCGAGCUUGCGGGAAAGGGCGUGAAGUCAGAGAGCGGGGCUCCUGGCGCGGGUAGCUCGGACUCUAAGCGGCCAGACUCAGAAUCGGCUUUGACGGAGGACGAGGCUCCGGUAGCGAGUGUCGGUGCGGACCGCGCGUCUCCCGACACAAAAUCCGCGUCCUCUGAGGUUUCAGAAACUAGCGUUUCCUCAGGUGACAAGGCUGUGCCGGCCCAAGUGUUAUCGGAAAAGGUCCUCCCCCCCACCAAUGUUUUGUCUUCCCCGUGUCCCCAAACUGUUACUGGUUCCCCCGAAGGAGAGACUGUGGUGCCUGAAGUGUUGUCAGAGAGAGGGUCCGCAGCCCCCGCGGUUUUGUCUGAUGCGCGUUCGGAAACUAGGAGCGUUUCCCCCGAGAGGAAGCCUGUAGUAGCCAAAAUGUUGUCAGAGGCGGCGGCCUCGUCCCCUGGUGUCUCAUCCCCCCCGUGUCCCGAAAUUAAGUGUAUUAUUUCCCCCAAAGGCAAAUCUGUGGUCACCGAAAUGUUAUCAGGGACAGUCCCUCCCGUCCCCAGCACCUCCUCCUCUGAGGUUUCUGAGGUUAGAUGUCCUUCCCCUGGGAGCAAGCCAGUAGUAAGUGGCUUGCUCUCAGAGGCAGUAUCUCCGACCUCGAGUAUUUUGGCCUCAGAGGAUUCGGAGACCAGAUGUAUCACCCCUGAGAGCAAGCCCUUGGUAGGCGCUGUGCUCUCAGAGGCCGUGUCUCCGACCUCCAGCAUCUUGACCUCUGAGGAUUCAGAGACGAGGUGUACUUCCCCUGAGAGCAAGCCUAUAGUAGUAGGUGGAAAGCUCUCAGAGACCGGCCCUACAUCCCUAGUUGUUGUGACUGCUGAAUGUUCUGAGGCUAGAGGUACUUCCGCCCAGAGCAAGCCUAUAGUAGGCGAAGCGCUCUCAGAGCCCGUGACUCUAGCCCCAGGAGUCCCGGCCGAGAAACGUGCGGAGGAGACCAGAUGUGUCCCCCUGGAAGGGAAACCUGUUGUAAGUGGAGUGGACUCCAGGCCGGGCUCACCAAAACCAAGUGUUUCCUCUACUGAAUGUCCUGAGGCUGGACGCCUUUCUCCCGAGACCAAGCCAGUAGUAACUGGAGUGGUCUCAGAGACGGGAUCUCUAGCCCCAGAUGCCUCAUCUGCUGAAUGUCCCGACACCGAAUGUGAGUCUCCCGACAUCAAACCGAUAAUAGUCAGAAUUAUCCCCGAUAGAUUAUCCCCCCCCAUCAGCAUCUCAUCCACUGAGUAUUCUGAUACUGGAUAUGCUUCCCCAGAGAGGAAACCUGUGGUAAGUGAAAUCCUCCCUGGGAGACUAUCUCCACCUAUCAGCAUCUCUUCCACUGAGUACUCGGAAGCUAGCUGCGCCUCCCCCGAACGCAAGCCAGUAGUAACUGGCUUGUUCCCAGAGAUACACUCUCCAGCUAUAAGUAUCUCCUCUGAGGGCUCGGAAGCCGGCUAUUUUUGUGCGGACAGAAAGCCCAUAGUAAGUGACAUAUUCCCCGGAAGAAUUUCCCCGGACAUGAGCAACUCAUUUUCGGAGUGUUCGGAGGUCAAUACCCCAGAGAGGAAACCAGUAGUAACUGGGCUCUUCCCUGGGAGAGUGUCACCAACCACCAUCGUCUUGUCCUCUGAGGGUUCAGAGACUAGCUGCCCUUCCCCAGAGAGGAAGCCAGUUAUAGCCGGACUGCUCUCCGGGAGAGUUUCACCCACCACCGUUGUCUUGUCUUCCGAAUGUUCUGAGAAUAGCACUUUCUUUCCAGAAACCAAACCUGUAGUAGCAGAAAUGUUUUCGGAAAGGUUCUCUCCAGAUGAGAGUAGCUUUUCUUCAGAAAGUUCAGAGAACAGCUGUGCCUCCCCAGAGAGGAAGCCUGUAAUAACAGGACUCUUCUCGGGGAGGGUCUCAUCACCCAUCAGCAUUUCAUCUACAGAGUACUCUGACCAUGGAGACGCUUCCCCAGAAAGGAAGCCCAUAGUAGCUGGACUUUUCCCAAUGCGGUCAUCUUCACCCAUAAGCAUUUCAUCUACCGAAUAUUCAGACAUGGGAGGCGCUUCCCCCGAAAGGAAGCCCGUGAUCAGCGAACUGUUAGAACGAAUGCGUCAGUCGUCGAAUGUUCUGUCUUCUGUUUGUUCUGAUGGUAGGUGUGUGUCUCCGGAAAGUAAACCUUUAGGAAGGGGUAUAUUCUCAGAGACCCUAUUGUCAUCCACUAGCAUCUUGGCCUCUGAAGGUUCAGAGUCCAGAUGUACUUCUCCUGAGAACAAGCCCACAGUAAGUGGGAUCUUCUCAGAAACAGGGUCUCCAGCCCCAGAUGUUUUGUCUAGUGAAUGUGGUUUAGAUACUCGUUGUGGUUCUCCAGAAAACAAGCCCAUGGUCGGUGGAAUGUUUUCCGAGACACUCUUCUCAGCUACCAGCAUUUUGGCCCCUGAGGGCCCGGAGUCUAGGUGCACUUCGCCAGAGAACAAGCCCACGGGAAGUGGGAUGUUCUCAGAGACACUUUUUUCAGCCCCGAGCAUCCUGGCCCCUGAGGGUUCAGAGACUCGCUGCCCCUCCCCAGAGAACAAGCCAGGAGUUUCUGGCAUGUUCUCCGAGACUCUAUCUCCACCUCCCAACAUUUUCUCCGAAAGUUCGGACACCAGGUGCGUAUCCCCGGAGAGCAAGCCAGUAGUAACUGGCUUGUUCUCCGAGACAACAUCCCCACCUCCCAACAUCUUUUCCUCCGAAAGUUCGGACACCAGGUGCAUAUCUCCCGAGAUCAAGCCGGUAGUAACUGGCUUGUUCUCCCAGAGACUAUCUUCACCCAUCACCAUUUCAUCUACUGAAUGUUCGGAGACUGGAUAUACUUCUCCUGAGAGGAAACCCGUAGUAGUUGAAAGGCCCCCAAACAGACCCUCUUCACCCAUCAGCAUCUCAUCAACUGAAUAUUCUGACACUGAAGGUGCUUCCCCUGAAAGGAAGCCGGUAGUUACUGAACUGUUUUCAGACAGACUGUUUUCAUCAACAAGUGUUGUCCCAUCUUUGUGUUCUGAAACAAAACUUGCUUCAGCAGAAAGCAAGACUUCAUCAACAAUUGGACUUUUGCCAGAAAACAUCUCUCUUCCAUCUACAAGUUUCUUUACCACUCAGUGUUCUAACAUAAGAUCUUCCUCUCCCGAAAGCAAACCUGUAAUAGCCAGACUGUGCUCAGAGAGCCUAACUCCUACCACAAGCCUCUUGCCUUCUCAGUAUUUUGAGACCACAUCUGAUUCUACAGAAAGCAAAGCUACAGAGACUGGAGGACUGAUUCCAUCCUCGAGUCUCUUUUCUUCUCAGAGUUCUGAGACAAGAUUUGAUGCUUCUGAGAGGCUUUCUGCUGUAACCAGACUAUUAUCAGAGCUUGUGGAUCCUGCCACACUUAUGAUGGCUUCUCAGUCUUCUGGCAUAAGGUUUGCUUCCACACAGAACAAUCCUGAAGUAUCCAGACUGUCUCCAGAAAGACUGAUUCCUGCAACAGGUUUUGUGUACCCUCCCUCUUCUGAGACAAGAGCUACCUCUGCGGAGAACAAUCCGGAAGCAUCUGGAGUGUUCUCGGAACGAUUGUCACCUAGGACAGGUUUCAUGUAUCCUCCACGUCCCACUUCAUCUGAAAGUGAUGCUGCUGUACCUGACGUGUUUUCCGAGAGAUUGUCUCCCACAACAGGUAUUGCAUUCCUGCCAUGUCCACCAAUAGAAGCCGCUCUGACAAGGAGUGGUCCUGCCAGAAUGGGAGUCUUCCAAGAGAGACUAUCUCCCACAACAGAGACAAGAGCUGUUGAAGAAAGCAGUCCAGCAGGAACAGGAGUAUUCGCCGAAAGAUUAUCUCCCACAACAGGUGGGACAGGCACUUCAAAGAAAGAAGAAGCUUCUUCAAGUCUGAAUGAAGCUUCACAAGGAGGAGUGCUGAUGGGGAGAUUAUCUCCUAUAGAAGGUGUGACAAGCACUUCAAAGAAAGAAGAAGCUCGUUCAAACCAGAACGAAGCUUCACAAGGAGGAGUACUGAUGGGGAGAUUAUCUCCUAUAGAAGAUAUGAAAGGCACUUCAUGUUCAAAGAAAGAAGAAGCUUCUUCAAGUCUGAACGAAGCUUCACAAGGAGGAGUACUGAUGGGGAGAUUAUCUCCUAUAGAAGGUGUGACGGGCACUUCAAAGAAAGAAGAAGCUCGUUCAAACCAGAACGAAGCUUCACAAGGAGGAGUACUGAUGGGGAGAUUAUCUCCUAUAGAAGGUGUGACGGGCACUUCAAAGAAAGAAGAAGCUCGUUCAAACCAGAACGAAGCUUCACAAAGAGGAGUACUGGUGGGGAGAUUAUCUCCUAUAGAAGGUGUCAUGGGGCCUCCACAUCUAGAGGCAGAAGCUUCUUCAAAGGAUAGCAAUCUUCCAGAAAUGGAAAUGCUGAUGAGGAGAUUAUCUCCUGUAGAAGGUAUCACAGGGCCUCCACUUUCAGAGGCAGAAGAAGCUUCUUCAAGAGAGAAGGAAUCUCUAGAAAUAGGAGUGCUGGUGAGGAGAUUAUCUCCUAUAGAAGGUAAUACAGACCCACCACGUCUAGAGGAAGAAGCUUCUUCGAAGGAUAGCAAUCUUCCAGAAAUGGGAGUUCUGAUGAGGAGAUUAACUCCUGUAGAAGGAAAUACAGACCCACCACAUCUAGAGGAAGAAGCUUCUGCGAAGGAUAGCAGUCUUCCAGAAAUGGGAGUUCUGAUGAGGAGAUUAUCUCCUGUAGAAGGUAAUACAGACCCACCACGUCUAGAGGAAGAAGCUUCUUCGAAGGAUAGCAAUCUUCCAGAAAUGGGAGUUCUGAUGAGGAGAUUAACUCCUGUAGAAGGUAUUGCAAAGAGAGAAGCCACUUCAAGUGAGAAUGAGCCUGCGGGAUUGGGAAUGCUGAUGAGGAGAUUAUCUCCUAUAGAAGGUAUCCCGUUCCCUCCAUCUGCAGAGGGAGAAGCUGCUUCAAGUGAGAAUGCGCCUGCAGGGACGGGAAUAUUCACGGAGAGAUUAUCUCCUUUAGCAGCUAUUACAUUCCCGCCCUGCUUAGAGACUGAAGCUGCUUUGAGUGAAAGCCACCAUCCUGAAAUGGGGAUAUUCACGGAGAGAUUAUCUCCCAUAGGAGGUAUUGCAUUCCCUCCGUGUUUGGAAGCUGAAGCUGUUUCCAGGGAGAACGAUGCACCAGGAAUGGGAAUAUUCACAGAGAGAUUAUCUCCCAUAGCAGGUAUCACAUUCCCUCCAUGUUCGGAGGCAGAAGCUUCUUUGAGGGAAAGUGAUCCUGUAGAAAUGGGGAUAUUCACGGAGAGAUUAUCUCCGUUAGCAGGUAUUGCGUUCUCUUCCUGUGCAGAGACAGAAGCUGUUGUGGUGGAAAGUGAUCCUGGAGGAAUGGGAGUAUUCUCUGAGAGACUAUCUCCCAUAUCAGGUAUUGCGUUCUCUUCCUGUGCAGAGACAGAAGCUGUUUUGGUGGAAAGUGAUCCUGGAGGAAUGGGAGUAUUCUCUGAGAGACUAUCUCCCAUAUCAGGUAUCAUGUUCCCUUCCUCUGCAGAGACAGGAGCAGCUUUAACCGAGAAUGAACCUGCAGGAGUUUUCUCCGAGAGAUUAUCUCCCAUUCCAGAUGAAGCAGCACUGGAGAAGGAACAACCUGAUGAGAUUUAAAUAAUUUGUGGAGGCAUGGAGGUUUACUGAUGAAAGUCUAUGGCAGAACCUGUUGUAACCACGCCAGAUGAGGAGUCAAUGCAGCCCCAAGAAGUAACCUGCUGUAUCCAACAUGGCAGUGAGGCAAGAAAACAACAUCACCAACUGGCAGCACCAUGUUUGGAAGCAGACUCUCAGGAUAACCAUUUUAUACCGCUGGAGUCUACUUUUGGGGGACCAGGGUGGUGGAGGGUUAAGUACGCCCCUGGUUCAAAGGGAUGUUUCAAUUUUAUCUUUUCAGCAACUAUCCCUUUGUAAAAGCUAAAUACUAUUAAUUGGUUGACAAUUAGCAUUAUUCAACUGGCUAAAUUAUUAGUGAAGCUCUAAUCAAUGGCAUCGAUAUGUGGAGGAGACAAGGGGAUAGCCGGGUGGAGCAGCUGGUGAGGGGACACUGGAUGGAGCAGCUGGUGAGGGGACACUGGGUGGAGCAGCUGGUGAAGGGGACACUGGGUGGAGCAGCUGGUGAGGGGACACUGGGUGGAGCAGCUGGUGAGGGGACACUAGGUGGAGCAGCUGGGUGGGUAGGGGGAUACUGGGUGGAGAACCACAUUCAGCACAGGGCUUAGAAGAGGAAAGAUCUCAGAUGCUCUUUGGCCGUGAGACUGAGCAAGUCACUUACACUCUACUUGCCUCAGUUUCCCAUCCGCAAAAUGAGGACACACUGGAGAAGACAAUACUAUACUACUGCAAAACCUUUCCUGAGAAAACCCCAUGAAAACAUAGUCCAUGGGGUUGGAGUCAGACACAAUCUAAACAACGAAAACACUGACGAGAUAUCAACUUGCACUUUUUAUAGGGCAAAUAACUGGUCACGACAUCAGAGGAAACACAUCAGAUUGGGACUUAAGUCAUCACAUUAAAAGAAUUCUACUGCCCCUUAAGAGUACUCCUAGAACUCUCGGGGAGAAAUAAUGGAAGUCAUUCUCUUGGAACCCAACCUAAUAAUACUGAGGAUCAUUGGGAGAGUUAAGUCCAGAGUCUGACCGUACAAAUUACAUUCAAACACCCACAUAAAUAUAGUCAAGUGGGGUGGAGAUAGUUAACAAACUGGGGAUGAGUACAGUCAUCAUAGUAAAAGAUAUUCUAAACUCUGAGCCUUGGUAGGAGCCGAGGACUUAAAGACAACAAUGAAGAGGAAACACAUUCUAAGCCCAGGUAAUGAUCUAUGUAGAGGCUUGGAGAAUUAUGGAGUAUAAUGUAUAGGAAAUACAACUGGCACAGUCUGCGAAGUAUGUAAAAUAAGAAUCAUUGAUCUGAUUACUAAUUGUACAGACGACAAAAACUUAUACUAAAUAAAAGCUGUACCUGACGCAGAGUAUGGUCUGGGGAAAACCUAGAUUAAAAUUCUACUUCUGAUACUUUGUAGCUGUGUGACCCUUGACAUGUGAAAUUCAUCAUUGGUUAUGAUCUGUUUG